AUGUCGGAACCAAUCAGAAAACACGGAGAUAUUUCAAAAGCUCCAACCCCCCAGAACACACCAUCCAGCGUGGCAAAUCUGUAUUUGAAGCAGCAGCUUCCCAGUGUUAACACUAUCACAGAAGAAGAUGAGAAUAACUUGACGAAACAGUUGGCUAACAAUCCAGCGUUAUUGUCGAUGAUUCAAGGUAAAUUGGGCACUUUGGUAGGCCAACAAAGUGGAUAUAUUGACCAAUUACCUAAGGCUGUGAAGAAAAGAGUUUCAGGUUUGAAGGCCAUUCAACAACAGCAAAUGAAGUUGGAAGCUGAGUUCCAAAAGGAGUUAUUGGAGUUGGAGAAAAAGUACUUUAGCAAGUACGAACCUUUGUACGAGCGCAGAAAGGCCAUUGUGAAUGGUGAGCAAGAACCUACUCCAGAAGAAAUCGAAGUUGGAGAAGAACUCGAAGAGAAGGAUGAAGAUGAAGAGGAUGAAGAAGAGGAGGAGAAAGAAGCAGAGGAGGGUGACGCACCAAAGGGUAUUCCUAACUUCUGGUUGACUGCUUUGGAGAAUUUGAGUACCGUGAGUGAGGCUAUCACAGAAAGAGAUAGCGAAGUGUUGCAGUACUUGAAGGAUAUUCGCAUGGAGUACUUAAGCACUCCAGGAUUCGAAUUGAUUUUCGAGUUCUCGGAAAACCCAUACUUGAGCAACCUGGUUUUGACCAAAACCUACCACUAUCAAGCCGAAUUGGGUUACUCUGGUGACUUUGUCUACGACCAUGCCGAUGGAUGUGAGAUUAACUGGAAGUCCAAGGAAAAGAAUGUGACUAUCAAUAUCGAACGCAGAAAGCAAAGAAACAAAACAACCAAGCAAACACGUACUAUAGAGAAGUUGACACCUACAGAGUCUUUCUUCAACUUUUUCGAUCCACCAAAGCCACCAAAGGCUGAUGCAGAGGAAGAAGAGGAAGAAGAUGACGAGGAAGACGCAGACUUGGAAGAAAGAUUGGAAUUGGACUAUCAAUUGGGUGAGGAGAUCAAGGACAGGUUGAUUCCACGUGCCAUUGAUUGGUUUACAGGUGACGCUGUUGGCUUGGACUACCCUGAAGAUUUUGCUGAGGAAGAUGAAGAAGAGUUUGACAGCGAAGAUGUUGACGAUGACGACGACGAUGACAUCAACGAACCUGGCCCAAAGGAAAAUCCUCAAGAGUGCAAGCAACAAUAA